ACGAAGACAGACGGGGAGAAUGGGAACGUGAGGGGGAGAGAGAGUUUGAUUUAAGACCGGCCCCCUUCAGCGGUUGCAUGUUUGAGCUGAGCGCUGGCUGUACUCCCUCUGCCUCGUCAGUUUGACUCUGACUCGCUCUCUGGCCGCUGGUGUUUGGAUUCUCUCCACUGAGAAGCAGAUGAAGAGCAGGAUAAGAGCGGCGCAACAAUUUCUGGCGAGCGCGUGGAGCAUCGAACCUGGACAAACAGCACCGUCUUCUGGUCAGACGUAGCAAAGCCGGGGGUUCUGGUGGAUUCCGUUCAAUCGGCUUCAUCUAAUUCCUGCAUUUGCCACGAAAGCUAAGGCUUUUCUGUAUCCCUUUUGUGCUCGGAUGAAUUGUUCACAUCUCCUGCCGCCAAAAGCAUGUCGGCAAAGAUGACUUUAUAGCCAUUGACGGGAGGCAGAGUCAAAGCAAACCAGCGUACAGCAUGGAAGCCUCCAGCCUGUUCCAGGCGGGGACCCCCUCCUCUUCGCCCUUGCUGCCCACCUCCCCUGCUCCUUCCUCCCAUGGAUACUUACAGUUCUUCUGGGAGUAUCAAGACAAUUCUGUCAUUGUGGAGCAUUACAACUACACAGGAAAGCUGCAGAAAGACCGCUACCGCGAGGGCCUCCAGCCCGAGAGCAUUGUGUUCCUGGUGGUGUGUCUCCUCAUUGUCCUGGAGAACGCCGUUGUGCUCAUAGCCAUUUGGAGGAACAAAAAUUUCCACCUGCCCAUGUACUACCUGCUGGGCAACCUGACUCUGUCCGACCUGCUGGCUGGAAUUACCUACAUGGCCAACAUCAUCCUGUCGGGACCUAAUACUUUGAAACUGACACCACUGAAGUGGUUCCUGAGGGAGGGGGGGGUCUUCAUCACUCUGGCUGCCUCCAUCAUUAGCCUGCUGGCUAUUGCAAUCGAACGCCAUGUUACUAUGGUGACUAUGAGGCCGUACCACGGAGCCAAGCGGGGGCGGAUGUUAGCACUGAUUGGUGCAAGCUGGGCCCUGUCGGGGUUUUUGGGGGUCCUACCAAUUUUGGGGUGGAACUGCAUCCACAGACUGAGCCAGUGUUCGACGGUGCUGCCGCUUUACGCCAAGAGCUACAUCCUGUGCUGCAUAUCCGUGUUCAGUGCGGUGCUCCUGGCCAUCGUGGUGCUGUACGCGCGGGUUUUCCGCAUCGUCCGCACCAACACGCAGCGGCAGCGGCUGGGCCUCUCGGGCAGCAUGCGAAAAGGCUUGGCGAGGAAGUCGCAGAAGUACAUCGCCCUCCUCAAGACCGUCACCAUCGUGCUGGGUGUCUUCAUUGCCUGUUGGCUGCCGCUCUUCCUUCUCCUCCUUCUGGAUUUCUUCUACCCCACUCGCGGCUGCCCCUUGCUCUACAAGGCCGAUUAUUUCCUGGGGGUGGCCAUGGUCAACUCCCUCCUCAACCCGAUCAUCUACACGCUCACCAGCAAGGACAUGAGGAGGGCCAUCCUGAGGCUGAUCUGUCGGCCGUGUCUGAUGACCAGAGACGGCCAGGUGAAGAAGAUCGGGAUGCCAUUCUUGGAGUGCAGUUUCAGCAAGACUGAGGUGGCGUCUCAGAAGUUGGAUGGAGGAUUGGAGACAACUAUUUCUUCUGGGAACGUUAUCACCACUCCCUCUCCAAUUAAAGCCCUUUACCCCAAACUCUUCAAAUCAUAAGGAGAAGGACUGGCUGGGAGAAUAUGUUAAUGGGUUUCCCACUGAACAGAGGACAUGUAGCUCAUAUUUUAUUUGGAACACAACCAAACCAGGUUGUGAACGAUUCAUGUUGGGACACGUUUCUUACCUUGGCAAAGAUGCAUACUGUAUAACUAUGCAACUCAUUAUAUUACUAUGACCGCAUCCAGGCACUAUUAAAAAUCGAACCACAUUCCACCGUUGAACACGAGACUGUGAGGAAGCCAUUCAAAACAACCCUGCUCAACUAAUUUGCACUGAAAAUUUUAACUGCGGGGAGAAGAAAAACCUUGGAAUUUUUAUCCGUGGUUUUGUUUGUGAGGAAGCCAAAAACUCUCAUGACUGAAAAGAGCUAAUGAAACCAUUACCUUUAACUUUCUGGGGUAAUAGCGACUGAGCAAAGUUGACCUUUGGCCUUUCUGCUUAUUUUUUGUUGUUUAUUUCUGCUACUCGCAGCGGGUAAUCUGAAGAUGCGGUAUUUUAAAGGCCCCGCUGUGCUAGAUUUUCCAUGAUAACACAAUGCGGAGCACCCCGACACCUGUGCACCUGGCGCAGGGAGAGUUACGGCGAAGCAGAAAGAUAACACAAGCGAGCGAGGAGGCGCUGACUCAUAACUGUUAGUUAGGUUAGUGAAGAAUGAUGGCUGUGGGAGGGAGCCAAAGCCAAACCACCAUGUGUUUUGAAAUGACAGAUGGUUAACCUUUCUCAAACAAAGUGGAAAGUUUAUGUCCAACUAUUGUUUUUUGAAAUGUCAGUCUGACAUCUGCAGGAAAAACAUCAAACAACAAAAUGUCAUCAUGAUUCGUGAUUAAACGUUUUCCUUCCACUGUUAUAUGCUGAUGGCUUGACAAGACAAUUAACAAGUCGUUAAUCAUCGCCAUCCAUCGUUCACUAUUUGUUAUGGCAGCAAAACAAUUUCUACUUCAAGGUACUAAAUUGUUUUUGUUAUAAAAUCAGAUUGACAUUUUUCAUUCCAGUGUUUUGUUGGUGCAGUGUUUCUGGAGGCUGUGUGCUUUUUUGUACUGUAAUUCACAUAGUGAACCUUUCAGAUAUUGUAAAUUAUAUGUUUUUUCUGCUUUUCAUAAAAAAAUAAAAAGUCUUAAAUAAU